AUGCGUGCCAUCCACGCUGCAGCUCAUGGGGCCGUGGUCGCCGAAGUCGAAGGCGUCGAAGGCAGCGAAGUCGAAUCCCACGUCGGCACGACGGAUGGCGACGCGGACGUGGACGCGGCGGACUUCGACGCGCGGUCGUCGUCCAAUGGCGGUGACGAUCGUGGUCUGUUCCGAAUCUACGCCGGCAGGCUCUUCGACCCUGACUCGCUCGCCCUGCUGGCCAACCAGCUCAUCGCCGUCUCCCCUUCUUCCGGCCUCGUCAUCUCCGUCCGCCCGUUCGAUCCUGCGCGUGUUCCAUUUGGCCCCGACGCGAAGCCAGGCCCGUCCGAGGAUCCGCGGGCGAUCGACCUGCGACGGUGUACUGUGCUCCCUGGCUUCGUCGAUGCCCAUGUCCAUCUUUUCCUGAGGCCGUACAGUGAGGUCUCGUGGGACGACCAGCUCACACGAGAAAGCCUCGUUGAGCGCGCGCUACGCGCCGGCGUCCACGCCAAGCGAACGUUGCUGGCAGGAUUCACGACCGUAAGGUACGCCGAGCCACGUCCGCCGACCCCGGGUACUGGUUGUGAGCACCCGGCGGAUAUUAAUGAACGACGCGCGGGAUUCCAUUUUUGGAACAGGGAUCUAGGCACUGAGGGCGCGGCCGAUGCAGACAUAGCGUUGCGCAAGUGCCUCUCUGGCCCGGACCCGCUCAUCCCUGGACCUCGAUAUUUUUGCGCGAAUCGUGCCAUCGUGUCCACGGGCAGCUACGGGCCGAAAAGCAGCCUGUAUGUCAAUCGCGAGGGGAUCGAUGGCGUCACGGGCGCGGAGGCUGCAGACGGGGUCGCCGAGUGUGUCAAAGCCGUCCGCAGGCAGGUCGGCGCAGGCGCAGAUUGGAUCAAGAUAUAUGCGGACUACCGCUUUCGCUCCAGGAUCGUCGACAGCGCCCCCUUACUCGCCAAAGCAUCUGUUCCCCUGUUUACCGCAGUAGAAACUAGGGCCAUGAUCGAAACCGCACACUCGCUAGGAGUCAAAGUGGCCGCUCAUGCGACCAACAAAGCGACAGUCGAGACCCUUCUCACCCAGGGGAUCGAUUCCAUCGAGCACGGAUACGACCUCUCCAGCGGCAUCGCACCGGAAUUGCUGCGGCGCACCUCGCAGAAGAGCGACAACGGGACUGCGGUCUGGGUGCCCACUUUGGCCGCAUACUACACUCUCGCUCAGAACCAAGGCGACCACGCGGUCUGGACGCGCGCAGCCAACUCGUUCCGCGCAGCGUUGAAGGCAGGAAUCGACAUCAUCGCAUGCGGUGGGGACACCGGAGUGUUCGCGCACGGCGACAACGCGCUCGAGAUGCAGCUCAUGGUGCGCCUCGGAGCCGACUGGCGUCGAGUCCUCCGUUGGGCGACGCUCGGCGGGUGGCAUUGUGUGCGCUCGAUGGCUUGGGAGGGCGACGCUGGGAAAGAGCGAAUGAACAAAGUCGCCGGCCUUGGAGAGGAUCCGAGGGUGGUCGGAGACAACGAAGUGCCGUUCGGAUUAAUCAAGAGAGGUUGGGCAGCCGACUUGAUUGCGACAUCUGGAGAUUUAGAGAAUGCAUUCGAAUAUGCCGUGGCAAAGAACAGCAUUGUUUUCGUCAUGAAGGGGGGGGGGUGUACAAGCAAGGCGGGAAAGAAGUGUCUGUGUCUUGAAUUCUCCGGUCGACCUUGCAUUUCUACCUUGUGGAGCUCCCUCCCAGUUCUAGACAUCCUAUCCUUGGAAUAACACUGCUCUACUGAGCGUACCUUCAAUGUGUUAGAGUAGUAUCAAGGUUGCGCUUAAUUUGCGCAGGAAUCAGACAAUCAUCUGAGCGCAUCUC